AUGAGUGAAAAAAUUGAUUCUAAUAUUUUAAAGAAAUAUGAAAUAAUGACUAAGAUAGGAAAAGGUGCAUAUGGGGUAGUUUGGAAGGCAAGAGAUAUAAAAUCUCAACGUAUAGUUGCUUUAAAGAAAGUUUUUGAUGCCUUUAGUAAUCCGACUGAUGCCUAACGAACGUAUAGAGAAGUUAGCUUUUUAAAGUAACUAAAUCAUCCUAAUAUUAUUCAACUAAUUGAUACAUACCCCGCCGAAAAUUAAAAUGAUCUAUAUUUGAUUUUUGAAUAUAUGGAAACAGAUUUACAUAUUGCCAUUCGAGCCAAAAUUUUGUAGCCUCUACACAGAAGAUAUAUCAUUUAUUAGUUAUUCAAAGCCCUGAAAUAUAUACAUUCUUCCGGCAUGAUUCACAGAGACUUAAAGCCUGCUAACAUUUUAUUAGAUUCAGAAUGUAAAAUAAAAUUAGCAGAUUUUGGUUUAGCACGAAUGGUAUGCACAUUAGAAUAAGAUAUACUUACAGAUUAUGUGGCAACAAGAUGGUUUAGAGCUCCAGAAAUUUUAUUAGGAUCGAAAUCUUAUUCAUUUGGAGUUGAUAUGUGGUCAAUUGGUUGCAUGAUUGGAGAAAUGAUAUUAGGGAAGGCCUUGUUCUCAGGCACUUCGACAAUAAAUCAAUUAGAAAAGAUAAUAGAAGUCUUAGGUAUGCCAACACCAGAAGAAAUUUAGAGUUUAGGAGGUUAAAAUUAAUUAUUUGAUAAAUAUCCCAGAAAUUAUAAAUCUAAUUUGAAAUCAAUUUUGAACUGUGAUGAUGAUGAAUUAGAUCUCAUCAAAAAGCUCUUAGUCUUUGAUCCUAACAAGAGAAUUUGUGUACAAGAUGCAUUAAGGCAUCCUUAUCUUAAAGAAUUUUAUAAUCCAAAAGAGGAAAUUACAUUUAAAGGAUAAUUGAUAUUAAAAUUACAAGACGAUAAACAGUAUCCGGUGUCUUCCUAUAGAGAUUUAUUGUAUAAAUAAAAUUUAGAUUUGACUAAAAUUUUAACUUUAGUAAACAAACAAAAAUCUCUAAUAUAAAACAUUUAGAGCAAUAGAUCUGAUGCAUUAAAAAAAAAUUCAAGUUAAUAAUAGUUUUUAAAUUAACAGUUCGCCAAAAGUGCGUUUAUGAAGAGUAAUUCAACAGUCAAUAUAGAAAAAAGUGUAAAUAAAACAGCAAUAGCUACUUUACAUAACAGCAAUUCUAAGCAAGCUUAAAAUGCAAAUGAAUCUUCUUCUACAUAAAUUAAGAACAAAUUAAGAUAAAUUUGUUUAUGA